UGACUGUAAGAUGAUGGCAGCACGCCGAGGAAGCCUCUACUCUCUCAGUAGGUCAUGGUAACUACAUACAUCGUCGUGUAUUUACCACCAUAUCCUUCUUAUUUCAUCUAGAGUGCUAGUUCUCUUCUUAUGUUGGCAGCUCUUGUCCCUAGGCAAGACGGGAAACCCAAGGCACAAGCCACGAAGAUGAAUUUAUAGGCCGACGACGAAUAUACCGACACUCUUUCAGACAUAGACACGACCACAGCCGAACUCUCGCCCAUGGGGCAUUAUGUUCCCUCUCCUCGACACUCCUACACCCCACGCUUCGGCAGCAACCUGGGUUGACUCCGUCGCUGCCGCACCCCAGACCGCCAACACCUCUCGCUCCCGGCGGAGUCUCGCCCAGCUCGCCCAGCUCGCCAAAACCUCCAAAACCUACCUCACCUCGACCGUCCUCCACCUGUGCGAUGGCCUCACCUCCAACCAGCGGCUGGCCGCCCAACACAGAGUCGAAAAUAUCCACCUCGUAACUCAGCGACUGCGCGACGCCACACGGGUCGAGGAAUGGAGGGCUGCGGCGCGGGAGCUGGAUAUACUCGAAGGCAAUGAGGCGUGGAAGACGGAUAACGAGUCUUCGGAGUUUGACGCCCCGCUGAUCCAGGCGCGGUUGGAUUUAUUGAAUGAGGCACGGGCGGGUGGGGAUGUGAGGCGCAUGUUGUAUCUUGUGCGGACGUCGCUGUCGCGCGGGUUGGGGGGGAUGGGAAAUGUGGAGUUAUACCAGCAUUCGCAUGUGGGAACGAAGGAUCUGAUCGAGAGCUAUAUUGAUGCGACGAUCGAGACGAUACAGAAGCUGGCUAGGACGGAGGACAAGGCGUUGCCGGCGGGGCUGGAUACGAAAGACCUAAUGGAGCAGGUUGUGCUCGCGCGGCAGGCGUUUGGGAGGAGUGCGCUGCUUCUCAGUGGCGGGGCGACACUCGGGAUGUACCAUAUUGGCGUUCUCAAAGCGCUGUUUGAGGAGAAGCUGCUUCCGCGCAUCAUCUCUGGGGCGUCAGCAGGCUCAAUCGUCUGCUCGGUGCUGUGCACACGCACCGACGAAGAGAUUCCCGAAGUACUGCGCGGAUUUCCUCAUGGGAACCUCGCCGUAUUCGAAGAGCAAGAUCGCGAAGAAGGCGCCUUGGAACAUAUCGCGCGACUCCUCACCGACGGAGCUUGGAUAGACAUCAAGCACCUGACCCAGGUGAUGCAAGAGCUCCUCGGCGACAUGACCUUCCAAGAAGCCUACAACCGCACGCGCCGCAUCCUCAACAUCUGCGUCUCGCCGUCCUCCAUCUACGAGCUCCCCCGCCUCCUCAACUACAUCACCAGCCCUAACGUCCUCAUCUGGUCCGCCGUCGCCGCCUCCUGCUCCGCCCCCUUCGUCUUCUCCUCCGCGCACAUCCUCGCCAAGAACCCCGUCACCGGCGCGCACUACCCCUGGAACCCAACCCCACUCCGCUGGAUCGACGGCAGCGUCGACAAUGACCUCCCCAUGACCAGCCUCGCGGAGAUGUUCAACGUAAACCACUUCAUCGUCUCGCAGGUCAACCCCCACAUCGUCCCCUUCCUCUCCUCCUCCGCCCCCAGCCUCUCCCACCCCUCCGCCUUCAAGCUCAACUCCCACCUCGCCCCUCUCUUCGCCCCUCUCCUCGCCCCGCUCACUCUCCUCGCCAAGUCAGAGGCCCUCCACCGCCUCCACGUCCUGGCUCAGCUGGGCGUGCUGCCGAAUAUCUGCAAUAAGGCGCGCAACAUGCUGUCUCAGAAGUACUCGGGCGAUAUCACCAUCCUGCCGAGGGUGGAGUAUCAGGAUUUUGUGGCGAUACUGAAGAAUCCGUCGCCGGGGUUUAUGGUGAGGGCGUGUGAGGCAGGGGAGAGGGCCACGUGGCCGCUGCUGGGGAGGGUGAGGAAUCAUUGUAGUGUUGAAUUGGAGCUGGAUCGGGCGGUGGCGGAGUUGAGGGCUAGGGCGGUGUUUGGGAGGGGGGUGGGGAGGAAGGUGGGAAGGAAGGCGGGAAGGCCGGGGGUGGAUAGAUCGUGUACUAGUGUUGCGUGAGUAGCGAAUGAGUACUUCACCUCCUUCAACCUCACGGGGGGGAUAACAUGGCUUCUCGAACCCCCCGCCGCUGCCAUGGUUCCCUCGUCCAGGAGCAACAAGAGGGACGUUCUUGGUCUUGGGCCGGGAGAUAAAGGAUUCAUUCUCCUCCUGGGCAGAUACCGCUUCAACGAGGGCAGUUCAAGAAGCUACGCGCCAUGUUAUGUCACUACUAGAGUCAUGUGAGGCAAAGGGGUUAUUGCUGAAAUUCCAGUACCUCAAUUACGCAGCAGCGUAUCAGAAUCCGCUAGAGUCGUAUGGGGAGGAGAAUCUAAGGUUUAUGAGGGGGGUGAGUAGGAAGUAUGGUCCGAAGGGGGUAUUCCAGAAACAGGUUCCUGGGGGGGUUAAGCUGCGGUAGUAUAGGGGUUACAUACCUGAGAUGAAUGGGGUUGAAUAUAUAUGAGACAAAGCGGUUUGGUUGGAGUCUUGCGCUCCUAUGAAAACAUUAGUAUUAGGCAUGUUAACGGACAGCGGAUUCCAAACACCAUAACUCCAAUACAUCAGCUCACCUACCAAUCCUCAAACAACAAGUUAACGACCUAAGCCACACUUUUAACGCCCAACCAACCAACUACCCUCUCCAACGGCCUCAAAGAACACCCCCCAUACGGCCCCCCAUACGGACCCCCAUACACAAUAUAAUUCGCCUCCAUCCACUUACUCAGAUGCGUCGUAAAAUGGCAGAGGAGCUGCCACCACCCCGGAUUCGACGCCGUCAUCAGCACAAACG